AUGGAGAGUAUUAUCGAUGAAACUCUUGACGAUUCAGAGAUAGCAACUGCCGCGCAAAACCAUGAGGCAUCAAAAGCUGACGGUGGCGAGGCAGAACUUACAGCAAGAUUUCAGUAUGCUUGUGCCUUAAUAAGGUCGAAGCAUAUUCAAGACAUCAAUCAUGGUGUGAGCAUAUUGGAGGGGCUUUAUUAUAAUGGUAAUAAAAGCGCGAGACGAGAUUACCUUUUCCUUAUAGCAAUGGCCCAAACGCGCUUAAAAAAAUACAACUUGGCACUGGAUUGUGUCGAAUACUUUCUCAAAUUUGAACCAGAAAACCGACAAGCUAAACAGCUCCGAUCCCAUAUCAAGGAUAAACUUACCAAAGAUGGCAUUGUUGGAAUGGCAAUCACAGGUGGCGCGGCACUAGUGCUUGGUGGACUAAUUGGCUUAGGCUUGUCGUUAGCUAGAAAAUGA